AGGUGUUCCCCUAGAAUGGCGGUGUUUCCGUGUUACAUGGUUACCGUUGUAUUGUUCACGAAUUUUGCAUGAGUGUAGGCGCGUGUUUAGUACUAGAUCGGUCGUUUACUGGACACCUACAAGUACCAUCAAUCCAGCGAGCGUUUGACAAUUCGAGAUGUCAUGUGAACCGAGGGAAAGAGAAAACAGACAAGUAUGAAAGCUAUUGAAGUGACGGAAGAUAACUUCGAAGCUUUAUUGGCGUAUGAUGAUUUGUUUUUAGAUUAUUUUAAUGUCUUUCUCAGGCUGCCAGCCUUUCCACAGCCACUUUACUACAAUAGAUUAACGGGCACGUUUCAAGAAGUUGAAGAUUACCCAUUCGGCGACACCUCGCUAUGCAACACACCAAUACCAGCACAAUUCGCACCCUCUGAAGAAGAAAGAGAACGGAUACUAGAAUGGGCUAAAAGGGAUAGGCUUCCAUUAUUUCUAAGGAAUGCAUUAACUGAUGCGUUUCCUUUGACUUUGGUAACUUAUGGGAUGUCUGUUGCUUAG